AUUGGUGCAACAACAAUUGAAUCACCUUCAGCAGAAAGGAGCCACCCAACAUGAAAUUAAACUUGCCAUGAAGGAAUUGGGCAUCAAAAGAGCAACUUUGUAUGGAUGGCCAAAUACAUACGUCUUUACAAAAGCAAUGGGCGAAAUGCUUUUAGAAACUUCAAAAAGAAACAUGCCUAUUAUUAUUAUACGUCCUACGAUAAUCACCAGCACUUAUAGAGAACCUUUUUCUGGUUGGAUAGAAGGUGUAAGAACCAUAGACAGUGUUGCUGUUGCGUAUGGUAAAGGAACAUUAACAUGCUUUCCUGGAGAUAUGCAUGGAAUUUCCGAUGUGAUACCAGGUGACCUGGUGGUAAAUGCAAUGCUGGCGGCGAUGGUGGCGCAUGCAAAUCAGCCCAGUGAUAAUAUCACCAUAUAUCAUGUGGGUUCCUCUGUUAGCAAUCCUAUGAGAUACCACAAUCUCUGCAACUACAUGUUCAGAUAUUUCACUGCAAAACCUUGGAUAAAUAGAAAUGGAAAGCCUGUCAAAGUUGGAAAACUUAUAAUAUUGAAUAACAUGGCAACCUUUCGCAUAUACAUGAUUAUUCGUUACUUGCUUCCUCUACUGGUACUUAAUCUGGUGAAUAAAGUUUUCUACAAGAAUUCCCAAGAAGUAUAUACCGACUAUUUCAGAAAGAUCCAUGCUGUUAUACGAAUGGCUGAUCUUUACAAGCCUUAUGUAUUUUUCAAUGGCAUAUUUGAUAAUAUGAACACAGUAAAACUGUUAGCAGCGGCAAGACAAUGUAUGGACUCAGAAGAAAUGAAUUUGUUUAACUUUGACCCAAAAGUUAUUGAUUGGGAUGACUACUUCAUCAACAUCCAUUUUCCUGGUGUCGUCAAGUAUGCCUUCAAGUCAUAA